UUUUGGGUUCGCGACUCGCGAGUCGCAUCUUGGUUUGAACCGAACGUCACCAGCGUCUCUGCUCUCUCUCUCUCUCGAACAGGAAUUGCUUCUGUGCAGUGCACCAAGCGCCUUAGGCAAUACAGGUUCCUAGUCUGUUGAGGCAUCUUAGUUUCUUUCCACAAGUUGAUUCAUCUUUUACCUCUGGACUGCUGAUUAAUAUUGGAAAUUUGGGUAGCUCCUAUGAAUUGAUGUCAUUCCAUGCUGUGUUAAUUCAACAUAUUCUUGUAUGAGUUCUACUGAUUCCCCAAAUAGUAAUCCGGGUGCCACUUGUUCGCAACCGGGUUCCAGUGAUAGUAAGCUCUCAAAGAUUUGCUUAUGGUCUGGUUUCUUUCUUUCUGCUUCCUCAAUCUUUGAAACGCAUAGUGAGUCGAAAGGUUGUCAGAAGAAGGCAUUCCGUACUAGAAGCAAUGGGUGGACAACUGCUGUGAAGAGAGUUAUGAAUGGUGGCUUAAUGAGGAGACUUCACGAGCGUGUACUAGGGCUGAACAAGACUGGGAUUUCUAGUUUAACGAGUGACAUAUGGCUUCUGGGUGUCUGUUAUAAAAUUUCUCAGGAGGAUUUAUCUGGCGAUCCGGCUUCUAGCAAUGGGUUAGCUACAUUUAUUGAAGAUUUCUCAUCAAGAAUUUUGUUGACCUAUCGCAAAGGUUUUGAUGCCAUCGGAGAUUCGAAGUAUACCAGUGAUCAAAAUUGGGGUUGCAUGCUUCGAAGCAGCCAGAUGCUCGUUGCUCAAGCAUUACUUAUUCAUCGACUUGGGCGAUCUUGGAGAAAACCUUCACAUAAGCCACUCGAUCAAGACUAUAUUGAGAUAUUGCACCUUUUUGGUGAUUCUGAGGCGUCAGCUUUCUCUAUUCAUAAUCUUCUCCAUGCUGGAAAGGCUUAUGACCUCGCUGCUGGGUUAUGGGUAGGGCCAUACGCCAUGUGUCGCACCUGGGAAACUCUAGUCCGUUGUAAGAGAGUGGAUACUGAGCUUGAAGACCGGUCAUUGCCUAUGGCUGUUUAUGUAGUUUCUGGUGAUGAAGAUGGGGAGAGAGGUGGAGCUCCAGUUGUUUGCAUUGAAGAUGCCUCUAGGCAUUGUUUCGAGUUUUCAAGAGGCCAAGUUAAUUGGUCACCCAUUCUUUUAUUGGUUCCUUUGGUUUUAGGACUUGACAAAGUUAAUCCUAGGUACAUUCCAUUGUUAAGGAAAACAUUCACCUUUCCCCAGAGCCUUGGCAUAUUGGGUGGCAGGCCUGGUGCUUCAACGUAUAUUGUUGGUGUGCAAGAUGAAAAAGCAAUUUACCUUGAUCCACAUGUAGUUCAGCUGGCAGUUGAUAUCAGGAGGGAUAAUUUAGAGGCUGAUACUUCGUCUUAUCACUGCGAUGAAGUACGGCACAUUCCCCUGGACUCACUUGAUCCGUCUUUGGCAAUAGGGUUUUAUUGUGGAGACAAAGAUGAUUUUGAUCAUUUUUGUUUCCUGGCUUCCAAGCUUGCGGAUGAAUCAAAUGGUGCUCCAUUAUUUACUGUUACUCGAGCCCGGAAUUCAUCGAAGCCAGCUGCUAGCCGUGACGUGUUGGGUGAUAGCGGUGGAGUUCAAGAGGAUAAUUCCUUUGAUAUGGUGCCUGCUAGUGAUGCAGAGGGCGGCACGCAAGAGGAUGACUGGCAACUCCUUUGAAUUUGGUUCUAGUUUGGGUUUGGAAGCUUGUACAUAAUAUGGCCAAUAUGUCCUUUUAUCUGUUGUCUAUCCAACCCAUGGUGUCUCUCAUCAGCACAACCACAUUUUCAACUGACUUCUGCAUUUAGUUCAUUGAUAAGUUAGAUUUUACACGUAGAAAAAUCUUCAUCAAGCUUCUUUCAUUUUCCGUCCUGUCACUGUUGAGUUGAUCAAAUUUGCGUGGUGUACGGUAAUGCCGCUACCCAUUUUGAAUUCGGUGAUCGAUAUACCAAUUGAGUGUAGAUUAUUUGCAUUUGACAGUGCUGUGGUAUGUGCUUGUGUGUAUUUUUUAUUUAUUAUAAUUAUCUUAAAUUAUGUUUAAAGGACUGUUGAACGUAA